AUGAAGCGUAGCAAGCAUCGAGCCUCCAAGGAUGAUGGCAAAGGUAAAGAUGAGCCGGCCAUUCUGGAGACGGAGGAUAUGAGGAUGCCAGACCCUGACACCAUCUCUCUCGCAUCAGUCACUGCCGUCACAACCAAUGUCUCCAAUAAAAGAUCAAAGCCUGACAUCAAGAUUGAGCCUAGUGCUGGAAGACCAGUGGAUUUCCAAGUCAGUGUCACUGUUAUAGAGGCCAGACAGCUGGUGGGUCUGAACAUGGAUCCAGUGGUGUGUGUAGAAAUCGGUGAUGAAAAAAAAUACACCUCAAUGAAGGAGUCAACCAACUGCCCUUACUACAAUGAGUACUUCGUCUUUGACUUCCACGUCCCUCCUGAUGUCAUGUUUGACAAGAUCCUGAAAGUGUCAGUUAUCCACUCUAAGAAUCUUUUGCGAAGUGGCACGCUGGUCGGGAGCUUCAAGCUUGACGUGGGCACAGUUUAUACACAACCUGAACAUCAGUUCUUCCACAAAUGGGCCACUUUAUGCGAUCCCGAUGAUAUCACUGCUGGAUGCAAAGGCUAUGUCAAGUGUGACAUCGCAGUCGUGGCAAAGGGCGACACUAUCAAAACUCCACACAAAACAAAUGAAACAGAUGAGGAUGACAUUGAGGGUAAUCUUCUGUUGCCGGAAGACGUCCCGGCUGAGCGUCAAUGGGCAAGAUUCUAUGUGAAAAUCUACCGAGCCGAGGGGUUGCCCAAAAUGAACACCAGCAUAAUGGCAAAUGUCAAAAAAGCUUUCAUUGGAGAAAAUAAGGACUUGGUUGAUCCGUAUGUCCAGGUGCAAUUUGCAGGACAGAAGGGUAAAACUUCAAUUCAGAAGAGCAGCUAUGAGCCAAUCUGGAAUGAGCAGAUCGUUUUCACUGAGCAGUUUCCACCACUGUGCCGGAGAAUGAAAGUCCAGAUCCGUGAUUCAGAUAAAGUGAACGAAGUGGCCAUCGGAACGCACUUCAUUGACCUGCGGAAGAUUGCUAAUGACGGAGACAAAGGUUUUCUUCCAACUUUUGGGCCGGCUUGGGUCAACAUGUACGGCUCCACACGCAGCUACACGCUCAUGGAUGAGUACCAGGACCUGAAUGAAGGAUUAGGGGAAGGGGUGUCGUUCAGGGCCCGACUGCUGAUCAGUCUGGCCGUGGAGAUACUGGACACCUCCUCUCCUGAAGUAAUGAGCUCCACUGAGGUGCAGGUGGAGGGGGUACCCAACAUCUCAGAUAAUGCCACGGGAAAAAUUGAAGAGUUCUUUCUCUUUGGAUGUUUCCUUGAAGCCACUAUGAUUGACAGGAAGAUUGGAGACAAACCCAUGAACUUUGAGGUUACAAUAGGAAACUACGGCAGUGAAGUAGAUACUCCAACCAAGCCAAAAACAAAGAAGAAGAAGGGUGGCGAUGGAGAUGAUGAGGAGUCUGAGCUCAUUCACGGCUCCAGUGACGAGGAGGUGGAUGAUGGUGGAGAUAUGACAUCAGUUUCCACCACUCCUCCAAUGAAGCCAGUCAUCACUGACAGAAACUAUUUCCACCUCCCGUACUUUGAGAGGAAGCCCUGCAUCUAUAUCAAGAGCUGGUGGCAGGACCAAAGAAGACGACUUUAUAAUGCUAACAUCAUGGACAGAAUUGCAGAUAAAUUGGAAGAAGGGUUGAAUGAUGUGCAGGAGAUCAUUAAAACAGAGAAAGCCUAUCCUGAGCGCAGACUCAGAGGAGUCCUGGAGGAACUCAGCAAUGGCUGCAGUACCUUUGUAACUUUGGCAAACAAUGAUCUGAAUCAGGCUGGGAAGACUAAACUGGACCGGGAGAGACUGAAAUUAUGCAUGCAAGAACUGGAAAACAUGGGCCAGCAAGCAAAGAAUAUGCGAUCCCAAGUAAAGAAAAGCAAUGUGAAAGACAAAAUAAAACUGGCACAAAACUUCCUCCACAAGCUGAGAUUCUUGUCUGAAGAGCCUCAGCAUAGUGUUCCAGAUAUUUACAUAUGGAUGAUAAGCAACAACAAACGCAUUGCAUAUGCCCGCGUUCCCUCCAAAGACAUCCUCUACUCUUCUGUGGAUGAAGAAACCGGAAAGGACUGUGGGAAAGUCCAGACCAUCUUUUUCAAGCUCCCUGGUAAGAAAAGCUUUGGACCUGCAGGCUGGACCGUUCAGGCUAAAACUGAGCUGUAUCUGUGGCUCGGCCUGAACAGGCAGCGUAAGGACUACUUGAGCGGCCUACCAAAUGGUUUUGAGGAGAACAAGGCAGUAAAAGGGCCUGGAAUACAGUCCUCACCCCCCAUCAGCCUGAUGUACACGAUGAAGCAGAUCUUCCAGCUGAGGGUUCACAUGUAUCAGGCUCGCAGUCUGUUUGCAGCCGACAGCACAGGCCUGUCAGACCCUUUUGCCAGGAUAUUUUUUUCUACCCACAGCCAGGUCACAGAGGUCCUGAAUGAGACGUUGUGUCCUACAUGGGAUCAGCUGCUGGUGUUUGAUAAUGUGGAGCUCUAUGGUGAGGCUGGUGAACUGAGAGAUGAUCCUCCUAUAAUCGUCAUCGAGAUCUAUGACCAGGACACUGUCGGAAAAGCCGAUUUCAUGGGUAGGACAUUCGCUAAACCUAUGACCAAGAUGUCAGAUGAGCAUUAUGGGCCGCCACGCUUCCCUCCUCAACUAGAGUACUAUCAGAUCUACCGGGGAAACUGCACUGCAGGAGAAAUGCUGGCGGCCUUUGAACUGCUGCAGAUUGGACCAGGUGGAAAGGCCGAACUGCCCCCAAUAGAUGGACCUACAGAUAUCGAUCGUGGUCCAAUCCUGCCUGUUCCCAUUGGCAUAAGACCUGUCUUGAGUAAAUACCGAAUUGAGAUUCUCUUCUGGGGCCUGAGGGACCUGAAGCGGGUGAAUCUGGCCCAGGUUGACCGUCCCCGUGUGGACAUCGAGUGUGCAGGGAAAGGUGUUCAGUCAGCUCUGAUUCAGAACUACAAGAAAAACCCCAACUUCAGCACUCUGGUCAAGUGGUUUGAAGUGGACCUGCCAGAAAAUGAGCUCCUCCACCCCCCUCUGAACAUCCGUGUGGUGGACUGCCGGGCGUUUGGUCGUUACACACUAGUUGGCUCUCAUGCCGUCACAUCUCUACGCAAGUUCAUUUACAGGCCAUCAGACAAGAGUGUCAAUAACUGGUCUGCCAUGGAGGAGGUUGUGAUCCACACAGAGCCAGAACAAGCUAUGAAGAAGAUCGAGACAGUGGUCAAACUCGACUCAGCGUCUGAUGCUGUGGUGAAGGUCGAUAUGCCAGAUGAUGAGAAAGGUGGGAAAGGGAAAAAGAAGCGGAAGAAGGGUGAAGAGGUGGAAGAGGAGGAGCUGGAUGAAAGCAUGCUGGACUGGUGGUCCAAAUACUUUGCCUCGAUUGAAACACUGAAAGAGAUCAUUAAAGUGCAAGAAGCAGAAGCUGAAGAAAAGGAAGAUUUUGACUCUGGAGAGGGUCUGGUUACCAAAUAUGUUCCUAAUGCCUCUUAUAUGAAAGGGACCAAGAAGAAGAGAGGAAAGGGAAACAAGAACAAAGCCAUGCCUGGGGAGGGAGCACCAGAGAAGAAGAAGCAGAAAAUCGGAGAGUUGAAGAUGUUCAACAGAGAGCUUGAAUAUGAGUUCGACACCUUUGAAGACUGGCUUCACACUUUCAACCUUUAUCGAGGCAAGUGUUCAGACGAUGCUGACGUUGAGCAGAAUGCAGCAGAUGAAGACAGACUUAUUGGCAAAUUCAAGGGAUCCAUGUGCAUCUACAAAGUCCCAGUAUCGGAUGACUUUCCCAGAGAAAUGGCCUUUGAUUCCAACAUGGGCAUGUUCCAGAACAUCCCACACAACGACCCCAUUAACGUCCUCGUGCGAGUCUAUGUGGUCCGGGCAACAGAACUGCAUCCUGCAGACAUCAAUGGGAAGGCCGACCCAUACGUCGCCAUCAAACUCGGGAAGACAGAGAUCAAGGACAAAGAGAACUACAUCUCUAAGCAACUCAACCCUUUGUUUGGAAAGUCAUUUGACAUUGAAGCAACGCUCCCAAUGGAUUCCACCCUCACCGUGUCCAUCUACGACUGGGAUUUGGUGGGAACCGAUGACCUGAUUGGGGAGACAAAGAUCGACUUGGAGAACCGUUUCUACAGCAAACACAGGGCAACAUGUGGUGUCACCGCCAGCUACGCCAUUCAUGGCUAUAAUGUGUGGAGGGACCCAAUGAAGCCAACGCAAAUCCUUGCCAAACUCUGCAAAGAUGGAAAAAUGGAUCAGCCCCAGUACGGCCCAGGGGGAAGAGUGAAAGUGGCGAACAGAGUUUACACGGGACCGACUGAAAUUGAGGAUGAAAAUGGCCUGAAGAAACAGACGGAUGAACACCUGGCUCUUGCUGUCCUAAACCGCUGGGAAGAUAUACCACGCAUCGGCUGCAAGCUCGUUCCAGAGCACGUGGAGACGAGGCCUCUCCUGAACCCAGAUAAACCUGGGAUGGAGCAGGGAAGGAUUGAGUUGUGGGUGGACAUGUUCCCGAAGGAUAUGCCUGCGCCUGGACCCGCUCUUGAUAUUUCACCAAGGAAGCCAAAGAAGUUUGAGCUCAGGGUGAUCGUGUGGAACACGGACGAAGUCGUUCUGGAGGACGAUGAUAUUUUCACAGGGGAAAAAUCCAGUGACAUAUUUGUUAGAGGAUGGCUGAAAGGCCAACAAGAAGACAAGCAGGACACAGACGUCCACUAUCACUCUCUGACCGGAGAGGGCAAUUUCAACUGGCGCUUCAUUUACCCCUUUGACUACCUACAGGCCGAAGAGAAAAUCGUCAUCUCAAAGAAAGAGUCCAUGUUUUCUUGGGACGAGACCGAGUAUAAAAUUCCUGCCCGACUGAAUUUGCAAGUGUGGGAUGCGGAUCACUUCUCUGCAGACGACUUCUUGGGUGCAAUUGAACUAGACCUGAACCGAUUUCCUCGUGGUGCAAAGACAGCGAAGCAGUGCUCCAUUGACAUGGUGCUUAAUGAGCAAGACAUGCCCAUGGUCAACAUCUUCAAACAGAAGAGAAUUAAAGGCUGGUGGCCAUUUGUGGCUCGAGAUGAAAACGAUGAGAUGGAAAUUACAGGAAAAGUAGAAGCAGAGCUUCACCUGCUGACAAGUGAGGAGGCCGAGAAGAGUCCUGUUGGUGAAGGACGCAAUGAACCAGAGCCCUUGGAGAAACCAAACCGUCCUGACACAACCUUCCUGUGGUUCAUCAGUCCGCUCAAAGCAAUCCGCUAUCUAAUCUGCAACAACUACAAGUGGCUAAUCAUCAAAAUUGUGGUGGCUCUGUUGUUAUUAGCGAUGCUGGGCUUGUUUCUGUACAGUAUGCCAGGUUACAUGGUGAAAAAGCUCCUAGGGGCUUGAAAAGCUUUCUUAAUG